AUGAACAUGGGGGCCAUUUUUCAGAACUCCACUGACUUCAUCCUUUUGGGUCUCAUCACCCAUCCACUGUUUCCUGAACUUAUUUUUACAGUGGUCUUCUUCAUCUUCGUGGUAGCUGUAACAGCUAAUGUAGUCAUGAUUCUGCUCAUUCAUGUGGAUUCUCGCCUCCAUACGCCCAUGUACUUUUUGCUUAGCCAACUCUCCAUCAUGGACACAGUCUAUAUUUGUAUAACUGUCCCCAAAAUGCUGCAAGAUCUUCUGUCCAAGGAAAAGACCAUCUCCUUCGUUGGAUGUGCAGUUCAGAUAUUUCUAUACUUGACCCUGAUUGGAGGAGAAUUCUUCCUUCUGGGCCUGAUGGCCUAUGACAGGUAUGUUGCUGUAUGCAACCCCCUCCGAUACCCUCUCCUCAUGAACCGCAGAAUUUGCUUGUUUAUGGUAGUGGGCUCCUGGGUUGGUGGCUCCUUGGAUGGAUUUAUGCUGACCCCUGUUACGAUGAGUUUUCCCUACUGUGGAUCUCGGGAAAUCAAUCAUUUUUUCUGUGAGAUUCCAGCUGUGUUGAAGCUGUCAUGUACAGACACUUCCCUGUAUGAGACCCUCAUGUAUUCCUGCUGUGUGCUAAUGCUGCUCAUCCCUAUAUCUAUCAUCUCUGUCUCCUACACACGGAUUCUGAUUACUGUCCAUAGGAUGAAUUCAGCUGAGGGCAGACGCAAAGCCUUUGCUACUUGUUCCUCUCACAUUAUGGUGGUGAGUAUCUUCUAUGGGGCAGCCUUCUACACCAAUGUGUUACCCCAUUCUUAUCACACACCAGAGAAAGACAAGGUUGUGUCUGCUUUCUAUACCAUCCUUACUCCCAUGCUCAACCCACUCAUCUACAGCUUACGGAACAAAGAUGUGGCAGCAGCUUUAAGAAAAGUUUUGGGAAGAUGCACUUCCAUCCACAGAAUCAGAGCAGAAAAUGCAUCUAUGAAAUACUAG